AUGGGGACACUAGCACGACACAUCCCAACCAUAAGACCCGUAAUACGGCAGCACAUCCAUCUCCACCCUCGCUUCGGCUCCUCAUCCUCAACACAAUCAGACAUCCUUUCAAUCCGCACCAGUUACCGCACCCAAGGCCAUGGCCAGGUCAUCCUCGAAAAAUACACGUCGCCAGGUAUCGCAACCAUAAAACUAUCUAAUCUCAAACGUCGGAACGCUCUCUCCCCGAAAAUGAUGUCGGAAUUCGCUGAUGUUGUUGAUGAAUUGGAACGUGAAUGUACGAGUAGUGAGGCAGCACAUGGAGGUGCCAGUACAAAGAAUGAUGGACUGGGAGGUGUUAUAUUGAUGGGUGAAGGGAAUACGUUAUGUAGCGGGUUUGAUCUAUCACACGGCCAAUCAUUCAUGACAUCUACAGCGGGUGACGAUAUGGCUAGACUGAUGCAUAAUACGCUUUUACGGCUUCGCAGACUACCAAUACUAUCAUGUGCAGCGAUAGAAGGAUUUGCGCUUGGAGGAGGUGCUGAACUCUCUACGUCGUGUGAUUUCAGGGUUAUGAGUGAGAGUGCUUCGUUGCGAUUCGUGCAGAUACUUAUGGGGGUUACGCCUGGAUGGGGUGGAGGUACGAGGUUGACUCGUAUAGUAGGACGAUCUAAUGCUUUACGUCUCCUCCUCUCAACACCCGCCCUCAAAGCCCCCGAAGCACUCACGCUCGGCCUCGCAGACGUGGCGUCCAACGAUGACCAAGUCUACGAAGAAUGUGUGCGUCUGCUGCACUCGAUGAUGUACGAACAAGGUGGUAAAGGCGGGUCUCGCCACCCGGUUGAAGUCCUGCGUGCCAUGAAAUCCGUAGUGAAUAGAGCUGAUGAAGGGCCAGACACGGAAGCAAGCUACGAGUAUGAGAGACGCGUGUUUGCGUCGCUUUGGGGACAGGAGGCUAACAUGAAUGCGAUUAAGAAGGGGAGUAAGAAGAAACAUGCAUAA